CUCCGCCAUCUUGGGAAAUUUUAUGGAAAAGUAGAGAAGUUAUGGCAGAGAAUCCAGAAGGCGGUGUAGCCCAGGAAACUGGAGGAUAUGAUUACAAACGGCUUCACAGUUAUCCCCUAAUUCGCGUAAGUUGAAAUUAAGUUUAGGGAGGAUGAUGCAAGGCUGCCCCUGUUAUAAUUAAGUCUUCCACCUCCGUCAAAUAUGUUUUUUUUUUCAGUAUUCGGACAUGAACGACGAAAUGCGAACAGAAGCAAUGGAGCUCUGUGUUACAGCUUGUGAAAAGUUUUCUUCGAAUAACGAGGUUUGUUGGGCGUAUUCCUUUAAGUGAAUGGUAGCUCUUGGGUAACCACAGCAGCUUUUAGUGUAAGGCCCCGUUCGUUUUUUAGUGAAGGGAGAAUGUCUGUUCACACCUAUCCCUCAGACCCCUUCAAUCCUAGCCGCCCUUCAUCCCUGGUGUUGACUUACCUUAAAGGGGCUGGAUGGAUCAAAUAAUUCACCAAGUGACUUGUGAUCUAACGUCAAAUUCUUCCUGAAUCAUGACUGUGAAAGCAUACACAAGUCUUAUAUUGAAAGAAAGAAUCCUAAUAAUCUAAUAGAAGAACACAGUUUAUCAGAAGUCAAUUGAGGCUUUAUUCCUAUCAGCCCUUCCUUGAAUCAUUUAAGACCAGCAGUAGGUGAAUUAGUGCGGUUAAUAUCAAGUGACUUAAUCAUAAGUCAAUGAUAAAUAGAACAAAGAUAUCAUAAUUAAUUGUCAAUGUUAUGUUUUGAAUCCUUCAGCCCACCUCUGCUGCAGUGUAAGGAUAAAGCAAUAAAAAGAAAGGGGAAUGAAUAGUUUUAUCAUUGUCAUCAUCAUCAUCAUCAUCAUAAUUCAAAUGUGCACUCUGUUAUGUUUUCAGGCUGCUGCGAAAAUGAUAAAAGAAAGCAUGGACAAAAAGUUUGGUUCAUCCUGGCAUGCAGUAGUGGGAGAAGGUUAUGGCUUUGAGCUCACACAUGAAGUCAAAAAUCUUCUUUACAUGUUUUUUGGAGGGACUGUGGCUGUUUGUAUUUGGAAGUGCUCAUGAAAAGAAAAUGACAUCCAUUGAUGAACUAUUCUUGUAUAUAUAUAUAACAUUUCUGACAUAAUUAUACCAUGGAAAAUAUACUGGUCGGUUCUGAAGAUCAUCAUCACACUGGACAAAAUAUUUUUCACUAUUUUUGUCUUGUCCAUGGAGUUUGAUGCUAUAAGUUGGCUGUGCAUUGUGUUAAGGAAUGUCAGUCUUGGUCAUG